CUGGGCAGCCCUGCUCUGGAGCGGGAGAGACCCGAUCAGUUACAGUUGUGUCACCUGUACUGUGGGCGGGAGAAGUAACCUGGGGACGAGUCAGGUCUGCAAAGGAGGCUAUGAAUAAUGCCUGCUUCAUGGCGUUGUUCUGAGAAUUCGAUAUGGAUCAUUUGGAAAAAGAGCAAAGUGCCAGCUGAAUCUUCACCGUCCUCUACACUCUCCCAAAACCUACCGAAAAUGAACUUAUCUGAGACAUCAGUGUCAUUCAGGGACGUGACUGUGGAGUUUACCCUGGAGGAGUGGCAGUGUAUGAGCUCUGCUCAGAAGACCCUGUACAGAGAUGUGAUGCUGGAGAACUACAGCCACCUUGUCUCAUCGGGGUAUUGUUUAACAAAACCAGAUGUAAUCGUCAAGUUGGAGCAAGACGAUCCAUUGUUGUUAGAGGAAGAGAUUCUAAGCAAGAGCCAUGCAGACUGCAAACUUGAUAACCUCUUAGAGAAAAGCCUGGCAAAUCAAGGAAAACAUUUGCAGCAAGACUUUUUUACUCAACUUCAGAAUACAGACACAGUUGAGAAAACUAUCAGCCAGAAGUCACACUGCAGAGAACAUCAGAGCACUCACUCAGAAAUAAAGCCCUUUGAAAUUGGAAGUAGCUUAAGCCCUAAUGCAGCCCUUACCAUAUGCCAGAAACUUGACACAAAGAGGAACUUCUGUGAUGAUACCAUAUUUUGGCAAACCUUAUACCCUCAGACGACCUUUACUGUACAUCAGAGAACUCAGAUGAGUGUGAAGCCCUAUGAAGAAUGUGGAAAAUCAUUCUCUAGGAAGUCAUACCUCAUUGGACAUCAGAGAACUCAUAGUGGGGAGAGACCUUAUGCAUGCAAUGAAUGUGAGAAAACUUUUACCCACAUGUCAUACCUCAGAGAACAUCAGAGAAGUUGCAUAGGGGAGAAACCCUAUGAAUGUAUUGAAUGUGGGAAAGCUUAUGGCCAUAAAUCAACCCUAAAAAGACAUCAGAGAACUCACACAGGGGAGAAACCCUAUGAGUGUAGUAAAUGUGGAAAAGCCUUCUAUAGAAAUUCUCACCUCACUGAGCAUCAGAAAAGUCACACAGGGGAGAAACGCCAUGAAUGUACUGAAUGUGGGAAAGCUUUUACCCACAUAUCAUACCUCAGAAAACAUCAGAGACGUCACACAGGGGAGAAACGCUAUGAAUGUGGUGAGUGUGGAAAAUCUGUUUGUAGGAAGUCAUACCUCAUUGUGCAUCAGAGAAUUCACACAGGGGAGAAAGCCUAUGACUGUGAUAAAUGUGGGAAAACUUUUAGACAUAAGUCAUCCCUAAAAAUACAUCAGCGUACUCACACGGGGGAGAAACCCUACGAGUGUAAUAAAUGUGGAAAAUCCUUCAAUAGAAAAAGUUAUCUCAGUGAUCAUCAGAGAAGUCACACAGGGGAGAAACCCUAUGAAUGUAAUAAAUGUGGAAAAUCCUUCCAUAGAAAGAGUUACCUCACUGAGCAUCACAGAAUUCACACUGGGGAGAAACCCUAUGAGUGUAACAGAUGUGGAAAAUCCUUCUAUAGAAAGUCAUACCUCAUUCUGCAUCAGAGAAGUCACACAGGGGAGAAACCCUAUGAGUGUAACAAAUGUGGAAAAUCCUUCUAUACAAAGUCUUACCUCACUGAGCAUCAGAGAAGUCACACAGGGGAGAAACCCUAUGAGUGUAACAAAUGUGGAAAGUCCUUCUAUAGAAAAACUAACCUCACUGAGCAUCAGAGAAGUCACACAGGGGAGAAACCCUAUGAGUGUAACAAAUGUGGAAAGUCCUUCUAUAGAAAGUCUAACCUCAUUGAGCAUCAGAGAAAUCAUACAGGGGAGAAACCCUAUGGAUGUAUUCAAUGUGGUAAGGCUUUUAACUGGAAAUCAUUACUAAAUAGACAUCAGAGAAUUCACACUGGGGAGAAACCCUAUGGAUGUAAUGAAUGUCAGAAAGUUUUCACCUAUAAAGUCAACCUCAGGUUACAUCAGAGGGUCCACACAUGAGAGAAACCCUAUGAAUGUAAUACAUGUGAAAUAUCUCUCUAUAGGAAGUUUCACUUCACUCGGCAUCGGAGAAUUCACACAGGACAGAAACCUUAGGAGUGUAACAAGGGUGGAAAAUCCUUCAAGAGAAAUUCUCAUCUACCUCUGCAUCAUAGAAUUCACAUGGGAGAAACCCUGUGAAUAGGUUGAAUGUGAGAAAGCUUUUAGCCAAAUGCCAGUCCUAAACACUUCAGAGAACUCACACUGGGGAGAAAUCCCAUUAUUAGUGAAUGUGGGAACGUUUUCAUCUACAAACAACCUCAGAGUACGUCAGACAGUCCCCAUGUGGGAGAAACUCUAUGAAUGUAAUGGAUAUGGGGAAACUUUGACUGGAAGUGCAGCAUCACAGAACUCGGGAAGAUCAGUGAAUAUAAUAUACAUGGAAAUUUUCCCUUCGAGAA